GGUGUAUGUCUCCUCCUACGUCUAGAGAUGAGGAAGGAAAGGGAAGGCUCAUGUAAAUAAAUACCAGCUUCAAGACAGCAGAAGGAACUGUGUCUUUACAGGACAGGACCUUACGAGAGCACCCUGACUCAGCCUUCAUCACCACACUGUACAAUGGCAGAUUCAAGCUUUCAGCAGGAGUUCCUGGCAACCCACAACUCCUACAGGGCAAAGCACAGCACACCACCACUGAAACUCAACAGUGAGCUGAGUGCUGCAUGUCAGGAAUGGGCCGAUCACUUGCUGGAAAUCGACUCCCUGGACCACAGCGACACAAAGGAUGGAGAGAAUGUCUUCACUAUGUCCAGCUCAGCAGAUUUCAAGCUAACAGGGAAAGAAGCUGUUGAUUCGUGGUACAGUGAGAUCGAGGAUUACGACUGGAACAACCCUGGAGACAGCGAAAGUACUGGUCAUUUCACUCAGGUGGUGUGGAAAGAGAGCACUGAACUGGGCGUGGGCUUUGCCACCAAUGGCAAAACGGCCUUUGUGGUGGGACAGUACCGGCCAGCUGGCAACAUGGACAUGCCGGGAUGCUUUGAGAAAAACGUGCUUCCAACAGCAUAAAGGCUGUGAAUUUUACAGCUGGCAGUGGGGUGGGAGGUACAGACAAAACCUCCAGUGGGGGAGCUGGAGUGAGGCCAAGGAAAACCUGCACUCUGCUGAUGACCUGGACCAUCCCUGCAAUGCUCAGCGCAC